UUUCCUCGCGCGUCCCCUCCAAGUUGUAGCGGACGCUCGCAGGGGGUUCUGCGUGGGCGGCGGAAGGGCGCGUGGGGGAGGGCGCUCCGGCUGCUCCGCACCCCGACGGGCGCUGGUGUGCUCGCCCAGAGCCCGGGCGGCGGGUUACCGCCACGGGAGAUGAGGGGACCGCGCUGACUGGGAAGAGCAGGCUCCGCGGCAGAGGCUCGGAAGGGACCCGCGAUGGCAGCGCCUCGCGAGGAGACUCCAAGGAAGGCGGCGGGUGGUUCUGGCAGCGGACGCUGAGGUGCUGCUGGCCGGUCGACUCGCAAACUGGACCGAAGGCACGAGAGGCGCGCUCCGGAAUCCGCAUCCGCGCCCGGUGCUCCGUCGCCUCGGUUAGUCUAAACUUCAGGCUCCCUUCCACCCGCCCUCGGCGCCCGGAGUCAACAACUUCUUGGCCCAGCUGCGCCCCCCGCCCUUGCCUCCGUCGGCCCCGGGAGCCCGCCGCGCGGCGGGGACCAGGAACCUCCGGCCCUGAGAUGCGCUCGUGAGGCGUUGGCGGGCGGCGAGGAGAAGCUCGGCGGCGCCCGGGAGCGGGAAGACGGUGUGGCCGGGGGCACGGGGCGGAGGGGCGCGACCGCUCCGCGCCUCACCCUCGCCUCCUCCUCCUCCUCCUCCCCCCACUCCCCCUCCUCCCGCCGCCGUCCGUUCGGCGCUAGCAGCAGCCGGAGCUGGCAAGCGCCUGGGCCGCGGAGAUGUCGGCGUCGUCGCCGCCGGCGGCGGCGGGGGCUGCCAGUGCCGCCAUCUCGGCCUCGGAGAAAGUGGACGGCUUCACCCGGAAAUCGGUGCGCAAGGCGCUGAGGCAGAAGCGCUCCCAGGGCUCGUCGCAGUUCCGCACCCAGGGCAGCCCCGUGGAGCUGCAGCCCCUGCCCCAGCUCAAAGAUGCUACUUCAAAUGAACAACAAGAACUCUUCUGUCAGAAGUUGCAACAGUGUUGUGUACUGUUUGAUUUCAUGGACUCUGUUUCAGACUUGAAGAGCAAAGAAAUUAAAAGAGCAACACUGAAUGAACUGGUUGAGUAUGUUUCAACUAAUCGUGGUGUAAUUGUUGAAUCAGCGUAUUCUGAUAUAGUAAAAAUGAUCAGUGCUAAUAUCUUCCGUACUCUUCCUCCAAGUGAUAAUCCAGAUUUUGAUCCAGAGGAGGAUGAACCCACACUUGAGGCUUCUUGGCCUCACAUACAAUUGGUGUAUGAAUUCUUCUUAAGAUUUUUGGAAAGCCCUGAUUUCCAGCCUAGCAUUGCAAAGCGAUACAUUGAUCAGAAAUUUGUACAACAGCUCCUGGAACUUUUUGAUAGUGAAGAUCCCAGAGAACGUGAUUUCCUGAAGACUGUUCUGCAUAGAAUUUAUGGGAAAUUUCUUGGAUUAAGAGCAUUCAUCAGAAAACAAAUUAACAACAUUUUCCUCAGGUUUAUAUAUGAAACAGAACAUUUCAAUGGUGUUGCUGAACUCCUGGAAAUAUUAGGAAGUAUUAUCAAUGGCUUUGCAUUGCCACUGAAAGCAGAACAUAAACAAUUUCUAAUGAAGGUUCUUAUUCCUAUGCAUACUGCAAAAGGAUUAGCUUUGUUUCAUGCUCAGUUAGCCUACUGUGUUGUACAGUUCCUGGAGAAAGAUACAACACUAACAGAACCAGUGAUCAGAGGAUUGCUGAAAUUUUGGCCAAAAACAUGUAGCCAGAAAGAGGUGAUGUUUUUAGGAGAAAUUGAAGAAAUCUUAGAUGUCAUUGAACCAACACAGUUCAAAAAAAUUGAAGAGCCCCUUUUUAAGCAAAUAUCUAAGUGUGUAUCCAGUUCUCAUUUUCAGGUUGCAGAAAGGGCGUUGUACUUCUGGAAUAAUGAAUAUAUUCUUAGUUUGAUUGAGGAGAAUAUUGAUAAAAUUCUGCCAAUUAUGUUUGGUAGUUUGUACAAAAUCUCCAAGGAACACUGGAAUCCGACCAUCGUAGCACUGGUUUACAAUGUGCUGAAAACCCUAAUGGAAAUGAAUGGCAAGCUUUUCGAUGAUCUUACUAGUUCAUACAAAGCUGAAAGACAAAGAGAGAAAAAGAAGGAAUUGGAACGUGAAGAAUUAUGGAAAAAAUUAGAGGAGCUAAAACUAAAGAAAGCUCUGGAAAACCAGAACAAUGCUUACAACAUGCACAGUAUUCUCAGCAAUACAAGUGACAAAUAAAGAGAAACAUGCCGCCUCUGUUGGAUAGGCACAGUUUUGUACAAUUUUUUAAAAAAUGUAAAAAUCAUGAAACCUCAUCAGUAUAAUUAAAAGGCCAAUUUUUUUCUGGCAACUGUAAAUGAAAAAAAUACAUGGACUAAACAUAGCCCUGUGCUUUAUCAUGGCCACAGUAUAUUGUAACAUUUGUCUAAUCAUUGAUUUAUUGUGUCACAUCUGAAGUUUCACAGAAAUGAACUUUAUCAUCUAUAAUAUGAGAUAAUUAUGGGAGUGGUAAGAAUUAUGACUUGAAUUCUAUUUUGAUUGUGUUGCACAUAGAUUAAUAGUCUGCUCUGUAUAUUUUUCCCUUUUUAUAAUGUGCUUUUCACAUUGCUGCAAACCUUAGUUACAUCCUAGGAAAAAAGUAUUUCCUAAAUAAAACUAAGGUAUAAUCCUCACCUUUCUCUUUGUCCCUCUCAGAAAUAUGAUGGGGGGAAUUAACUGCCAAAAGCCUUCCUCCGUUGGAAAUAUUACUGUACUCUGGAAUUUGAGCAAAAAAAAAAAAAGCUUAAAUCUCCAGGUUUUUCAAAGCACAAACUAUAAAUAAAAGCUAGGAAAGUAAACCAAAUUCUUCCGAUUGCUCCUCUUGAGUAUCCCCCUUACCUGCAACUCCUGAACGAUGAGCAGAUUGGGGCUCCUCUCAGUUCAUUCCUCUUCCUCCCCUCCCGCGGCUGAAGGCAGGGCCCUUCCAGCCCUCAGCACCUGCCCCUGGGUCCCUGCGGACGACGCAGAGCGCCCUGGCCACUGCCCGGCUUCACUUAAAGGAACUGCGGUUGGCUUCUGUAGAGUUCUAAGAAGGGUGACUAUAGGAGUCUUGUAUGUUUUUACUUGGUCAAAUAUUUCUCAUAAAUUUUGUUAUCAGAGUACCAUUCCAAUCUCUUAACUUGCAGUUGUGUGGAAAACUGUUUUGUAAUGGAAGAUCUUCACUGGGGGAUUGAGCAGCAUUUAAUAAAGUCUAUGUUUGUAUUUUG